CACAGUUGCCUGCUCUCACAACUCCUGCUGAAUGCCAAUCAAUAUAACUAAAAACCAAUAAUAAAAUAAUAAAAUAAAUGCAUCUGGCAUCACGACUGAUGGAGCCCCGUCCAUGGUCGGAGCAACUGUGCGCUAAACACAUCGGCUUGAAGAACGUGAUGCAGGAUGUCGUCGCCAUUGCCAAUAAUAUUCGCUCAAAGGCGCUCUCACACCGUCAGUUCAAAGCUCUGCUUGAUGAGAUGGAUGCCCAGUAUGGUGAUGUAUUGUACCACCAGGAGGUGCGGUGGUUGAGCCGUGGGAAAGUUUUACGACGUUUCUUUGAGCUGCGUGAGGAAAUCAGGGUGUUUCAAGCCACGAAGACAAACAGGAUCCAAGUGCCCUCGGACAGUCACUGGCUUGAAGACCUGGCUUUUCUUGUGGACAUCACAGAGCUGCUGAAUAUCCUCAAUCUUCAGCUUCAAAGAGACCAGAUAAUCACGCAGAUGUAUGAUCAUGUCAGAGCCUUCAACCAAAAGCUCCAGCUGCUUACCAGACAUCUCUCAAAAGGAAAUUUGGCACAUUUUCCAAGCCUCAGAGAAUUUGGGUUGAUGGAGGAAGACACACCAAAAUACCUCGACAUUCUCAUAAAUCUUGUGGUGGAGUUCGACCAUCGCUUUGAAGAUUUUCGUGCAAAUACAACAGCAUUUAAGCUGUUUGCGCAACCUUUUCUGUAAAUGUGGAUGCAGUCAGUGAGGAGCUUCAAAUGGAACUUUUGCAGGUUCAGAGAGCUUUCCUUACAGGACUUUUACAGAUGUGUUACCGCACACAGAUAUGGCAAGAUCCGCAAACAUGCCCAGGUGAUGGAAGUACCUCUUUGGAAGUACCUAUGUGCAGUAUGUGAGCAGGCUUUCAGCCUGAUGAAUCUUAAUAAGUCCAAACUGUGAAAUGCUUUAUCUGACUCUCACCUACAUGACAUUCUCACUUUGUCAGUUAGUCAGCUUGAACCUGAUAUUGAGAGACUUUUAAAAACCAAGGACAGGCUUCAUGUCUCCCACUGAUAGGCCUACUUCAGGCAGAAUGUGUAGGCCUAGGCCUCCAAUGUGUCACCUUCAAUUGUGCUUCACCGUAAAUGUGAAGCACAAUAAACAUUGUCAUUCAUUUUUCAAAAUUA